AAAACGCGAAAAAUCAUGCGGAAGAAGUUAUCUACGACCACAUGAUAACAUUUGGAAACAUCAAUUUUAUUCUAAAAACUUCCACGGUUGCUUAUAUUGCCUUUGAGGAAACCACCGCGGUUAAAGUAAGCUGUCAAUGCGAUUAUCUGGAUAAAUACCCGGUGACAAUACGCCCAGUGCUGAAUUGUGCAGAUAACAGCACAUCUAUCGAGAACUGCAUAUUGGAUCAGAUAAUUCAAAGUGAUAAUCCAGUAGAAGAAGAAGUUCAAAUCAACACAUUCAUGCGAUUGCUUGAUAUGGAAAAUCUAGAUGACUAUAUAGAAAUAGAUGAUCCAUCUAAAACUGCAAAUUUGUCGGAGAAAGCAUUACUGGAGAUUGGCAAUGAAGAAAUUAUUGCAGCAGAAGAUGAUUUGUUAGAUUCGUCUGAAGAAGGGGCCGAUGUUGAUGCGAUUGAAAAACAAGCAUUAAAUAAAAAGUAUCAUGGAAAAAGAAAACAACAAGCAUUUGUAACGGUAGAUGGGCAGACGGCACGACUCUUGAAGCUGAGCGGUAGAACUCUGGGGCUAUCAAAAUUACCACAGUUACAAAUUGUAGUUCGAGAUUGUAGAAAUGAAAAAUUGGGCUUAUUACGCAAUAAAUUAGAGUUCCAGAAAACAAUAAAAGAUAAUACAUUCUUUCAGCAAGGAAAAAUUAUCAAUCUGAAACAUUGUGCAAAUCAUCAAACAAAAAAUGAUGUGAAGAAAGGAUGUAACUCUGUAUACAUCGAAAAAACAGAACAUGAUGCACCAAUUGCGAAUUGCGAAACUUUAGUAAACCCAGUUAUGUUAGAACCCAUAUCCAGAAUCAAAGAAAUAAGCAACAAAAAUUUUAAAAAUAUGACAGAUGCAGAACACAAUAGUGGUCGAGUAGAGUUAUGUCAAGAAUCCAAAAAAAAAUCAAGAAUUGUAAAGGAUACCCCUUUGCAACGGAAAAAUCUUGAAAUAAAGCAUCUCGAUUUAAUACCUUGCUCCGAUGUUGUGAGCUCGAAAUAUAACAAGCGUGUUCCUUAUGUAGGAUUGGUUAAGCUUCAACAAAAAGAAAUUGAAAAGCUGUCUAAUUGUAAAACUUUCGAUGAUGCAAACAGCGCAGAAUGGGAAGAUAACUACUUAAAAAAUGUGGGCAAUAGAAGAGAAGCAGUAAAAGAGAAAGAAGAAGUACAUAAUAAAAUGAAGCAACUAGAUUUUAAAACUGAACGUAAAAAAUAUUCUGGACCAUCAACAAUUCCAGCGAUCACAAGAAAUGACUGUUUUCCUGAAAUGGUAUCUGACCAACUUGAAAACGAUUGUGUUUGUGAACAUACCACAAAAAAUGCUCUGCUAGACGCAGUUAGAAGCGAAGACAUUAAUGAUGUAAGCAAAGAAUCAAAUUAUAUGAAGACAGGGACAGAUACUAUUAAACAUAAAGAAAAUAUGUGUAAUGUUUCAAGCAUCACUAUCACUGAAUCUGUUCCUGACAUUUGGGAUACGGUAGAAAUUGGACCAGACCUGUCUGCAAACAGUAUUCAAUCAGAUGAAGAAGGUCCUUUGGUUAUCGAUCUUCCUGCAGAACAGACAAAACAUGAUCUGGAAAAACCUCAAGGUAAAGCAAAUCAGUCUUUUGUAUUCGUCGAUUCGAAAAGUGCUGCUUUACUGAGCAAACUCUUGCGACAUGAUAAUCGACUAUAUCUUGCAGACUUACCUUGCUUGAAAAUCAAAGUUAAGCGCUUGCUUGUAUCCGAAUAUAAGUACAUCAAAUGUAAUGAGAUUACUCGGAAGUCGAAACCAUUAUCAAAUAGAGUAUCUGUUUCUACGUCAGUUAAAAAAAGGGAAAUGGUUCAAGAUAGACCUCGGAAAACCGAUUUAGAAAAAAUAGAUAACAAAUUUCUUCCAGCAGGAUCAAAACUUAAAGCACAGGCGAAGGCUAAAUAUAGACCAGAAAACUCAAACAAAAAUAAGCAUGUUCCGGUUCCACAGCUUCCUAUCGAAUUAAAAGCACAUCUCAAUACAAGUUUCAAAAUACCCAAAAAACACGUCACAGUAAAACCACAAUCAAUUGAGCGGAAUCCCAGUGAACUGAAUUGUUUACAUAAAGAUCAAACAGAGGCCUAUCGAAAACGCUUCCAGAAGGAACGAAGACAGUGGGAAGACCGAUCGAAAAAACCAGGUCCAUGUGAGAAGAAACUAAAACGCGUGGAACAUAACACAGAUUCAGCUGCUCCGGACUAUUCAAAUUUGUUUUACGAGAACUGCGAUUCUCAGAAUAAAGCGAGGUUUUCUCAUAACGUGAAGUCAGACGCGUUGUGUAAUCAGUUUCCUCCAAAAGCUCCUGCUUAUGAGGAUAUUUGGGAUAUACCCACUGUGAGGUCUAAAGUAUGUACCAAUGAGUCGAUUGAUCUUCUGUCGGUUUCCGGUCCUCGCAACACUUUAUUGGAUUCCAAUGAGACAGACGUUAUGAGCUGGGGCAAUGAUAAAAAAAUGCGAAUCAAUUCAGAAGCGAAUUCCUCUGCAGAAAACAGGACUAAUAACAAACAUUACGAGGCAAGAAAUGCGAUAAAUUCAGAUAGAUUUCACUCGUCAACUAGUUUAAGCAAACAACAUAAAACUCUUGACGACGGAGAAUCUUGGUCACCGGAAGCAAAUCUAACGAUUGAUCAAGAGAGAACACAAACAAAGUUCAACUUAGAACCAGAGUGUCAACCAGUACGCCGAGUUCCUGAGGAUAUUCAAUAUAAUCCCAAUACCACGAUGGAUGUAACCGAUAUGUGGGAUUCAGAGUCACCACCAAGUCAACAACAGAUAUCACCAAGGGCAAAAAUUACUGAUGCUAAACAUCUUACUGGUGAAAUGUGGGAUGAAGAGAUGCACUAUGAAAAUAUUCCGAAAAAAAGUGAGCGACAUCUAAUGCAAAACGAAUUCUGUGGAAAAACAUCUCCUAUAAUGCGGAAUAAAGAAGCUCCAAAACAGCACAUCCAAUCUCAAGAUCGAUAUAGAAAAUCGCCUGUUAGAUCAUCAGUACACACGGGUCGUAGUCGUUCCCCACACUUUGAUAGACGGCAACACAGUGUCGAUAGAUCUCUACAUAGCCGAUCCCCUGUUUGGCGCAGAGACAGUUCUUUUAACAACAGACGAAGUCGUUCACGGUCACCACGAAAUGAUAACAGAUCACCUAUUCAACAACAAUGGAAAAAUAAUGAUCGCUCACGAAAUCAACGACCCACUUGGAGUCAUUCUAAUUCAAGAUCUAGAGAUCGAUCACCUCUGAACAGCAGACACAGUAUAAAUCGUGCGCCUCUGAGGGAAGGACGCAGUGAUGGCCGAUUGAAAUCAGAUGAUAGACGCAGUGAUCGUUCAUCUAUAGCUCGAAAUUCACCAUCGUUUAAAGAUGAAUACAAUCGUAACUUAGAACGAAUCAUGCCCCCUCAAAAUAGACAACACUCACCUGCUUGGGAUAGUCCACGACGUACAGCGUCAUCUUCACAUCGACAGUCAUUUUCUUACGCUUCUCCGGAAACACGAUAUUCCCCUCAAAAUAGACAAAACUCACCUGAUUCCUGUUGGGAUAGUCCACAACGGACAACGCCAAUUUCAUACCAACAGUCAUGGUCCUACGGCUCUCCGAAAACAAGUUGUUCACCUUCUGAACGCCAGAACUUGCAUCAAACGUCUGAAUGGGAAUGUUUAUGGGAUGACGAUACAUUGAAUAGUAGUGCAACGAAAAAACCUUAUGCAUCGUCACCUUUAUUAGAACGCGAAAGUUCCGUUUCGAAAUAUAUUACUGCAUCGAUUCAAAAAAACGAAAAUCAGUCUGGGAUUAGUCAGCAUGAGUUAGAUUGUGCUGCAUAUAGCCCAUCUAAUGCUUGGGAUGCUAUCAGUUCGGACGAAGACGGUGAUUUUACUACAUCCAGAGUAAGUCGGAAUAUUAAAUCGGAAACAAUACCACUGCUCUUGCCAAAAACUGCGAAAUCAGCUCAAAUUGCGGUAGAAAGUUGUACAUCAGAAUCAACAUUUUCAGAACAUUCGAAAGAUCCCGAAGCAAUGCCAUCGUUUGAUUGUAAUUUUAACAGAAAAGGUGAGAGCAAACCAUCUCUCGUUGCUAAUCAAAACGAAGUGAUGAAAGAAUCUAGUGAGCUGGAAGUUACACCAGAAAAUUCGGAAUCAGUAUAUCUACAAUCAGUAACUCUACAGGGAGAGGAUUCGUCGAAGACGAAAAAUGUUCUAGAACAUUUAAAACAACGAGCGGAAAGACUCAAACAACUGGAAGAAAUGAAGCUUGCCAGACAGAAAUUAUUGGCCCAAAUUAAACUGAAGAAUGACAAAGUUUUGCAUAUUGAGCCAAAUAUCACUGACGACAUGAUACCUUCAAACAAAAGUGUACAAAUCUCGAAUGUAGUACAAGAAAAAAAUAGUGGUAUAAAAACGAUCGUAGAAGAAACUACAGUGGCGUCCAGUCCGAUAGCUCCAACACUAUUAUUUGAAACAGCUGGUACCCUUCUAAGCCAUCUCGAUUCAAUGCUAAGCCGACCGGCACCUAAAGUUUCUUCGGCACUCAGUAUCCCAAGUACUCCUACAGUGUCUUCUGGACAAAUGCCCUCUAUUCCACCGUUACCCAGGGAAGCACCGCCACCACCUCCACCGGCUGACCCACUAGAAAAUGUACUGGAACGACCCAACUGCAUGCUACCUGCUACUCAAUGGCAUACACCCGAUAAACGUUCUAUAUCAAUUCCAAAUAUCAAUUUAAGCCUACCGCCACCCCAUGUGAAUCCAUUGCUAAAUUUACAAAAUACGCAACAGACUCAAUUCGUCAGUACCAGUAGUAACUGGCAACCACAUUCUCAACCUAACAAUGUGUGGAAUAAUUUUCGUGAUACUGAUGGCUUUUCAGCUCCACGUAGAUCCAAUUUUGAUAACAGGUUACAAGAAGAAUUAAUUCAGCUUCGUCCGCCAGAAGAGAUUCGGCAAAACAAAUUCAACCCUCGACAGCGACGCUAUACACAAGAACAAGGAACAAUACGAGAUCCACGGCAAAAUACCGAAGACAGUGGUCUUGGUAUUUAUUCUCGCCAUAAUAACAGUCAUAAUUUUAACAGAAACAGUCAAUUUCAACGGUUUGGGACGCAUCAAUCGAAUAAGCGAUUCCAGCAAAACAACUUCAAUAGAAAUAUGUCACAAUUUUCGGGAAGUAACUUUCGACGCAACAACUUUCGAAAUUUUGAAGAGGACUGUUCUAACAUGAAUGUUCCUGGUCAGUGGUUCGAUUGAAUUUAACUAACGAAUUAAUAGAAUUGACCAGAUAAUGGAUAUUUGUAGAUGGAUGUUCUUGUGAAGGAAGAAUUUCUUGUGUAUCACGCAAGUUGUACAGAAUAAACAAAUGAUUUACAUUUUCUCUCACAUGUAGGCUUUUGUGCGAAUAUUUGCACGAUGAUAAGAAGUGAACUAGAAAUGACUUAAAUCGAGAUAAUACAAUCCUUGUAUUUCAUUGUAAAAAUAUAUAAACCAU